CAAUAAGCGACAGCACACGCACACGCACCCCAACACACACAGAAUUCCCUGCAUCAAAUGGCCAACUGCCACACCGUAGUCCUGCUCUCGAUCUGCGUGCCGCUGCUGCUGCUGCUGCUGUCUCUCAGGCCGAGUGCCGCUGAGGAUCGGCAGGCGGACCACAGGGCCGUGCGCCUGCUGGAUCGCUUCGAUAAUCGCUAUCCGGACGGCAGCUACGAGUAUCGCUUCGAGCUGGAUGAUGGCACCGCGCGCUAUGAGCGCGGCUACUUUGCGAUGGUGGACAAGGUCAAGACGCUGAUGGUCGUCGGAUACUACUCCUACCGCAUGAGCGAUGGCCGCUACAUCACCGUCUUCUACAACGCCGAUCAGUUCGGCUACCGCCAGAACCAAUCCAUCACGCCCCAGGUGUAUCCCAAUCUGCCGCGCUCCAUUGAGAUGCCAAUGCCCGCCAGCGGGAGCCACUCAUUCCAGAGCUCUGCCACCAGCACCAGCACCGGCACCAGCACCACCUCCCCCCCGCAGACGACGACGAGUCGCAGGGGCGGACGCUUCUGA